AUGAAGUUGCCACCAGCGGCCAUCCUGGCAACCUGGCCAACGCCCAACUAUAUUGAUCCGCCCACUCGUGGCCACGGCGUGUUGGUUGUGAACAUUGUAUGCCUCGCUCUGGCAUUCAUAGUCGUCUCCCUGCGGAUAUAUACUCGAAUCCGGAUCACAUGCAGCGCUGGCGUUGACGAUGUUCUAAUUGUCAUCGGCUUGGUAUUCGCCAUCGCCAUGGCUGUUGUAACCUCAAUUGCUACCGAGCAAUGGGGCAUGAAUCGUCAUAUCUGGGACAUCCAACUACUGCGACUGGUCACCGUUCAAAAGCUCAACCUCACCUGGCAGAUCAUGUUCUCAUUGGCAUCGUGUUUCACCAAAAUCUCGCUGCUGUGGUUCUGCCGACGCCUCAUUGGCAAGGGUCAUUUUGCAUUGUAUAACUGGGCAUUUAUUCUUUCGAUGGUUUUCGUCGGCCUCUCCAGUGGCUUGUUCACCAUCAUCAGUAUUUUCCAGUGCUCACCCGUUCGUGCAUACUGGCAAAUUAACCCCACAGAGUCAUAUCACUGUAUGAAUGAUGGGGCCAUCGUCUUUUCCGCCAGUGUCAUCAACAUCUUUACCGAUUUCUUGGUCACAACCCUACCCAUGCCCCUCAUCUGGAGUUUGAAACUCCCCGCUCGUCAACGUCUGGCCGUGAUUUCCAUCUUUGCACUGGGAGCCGUUGUAAACGUUGCAGGCUCCGUGCGAACCGUGUACGUGUGGAAGAGCAUGAUGGUUGGCUAUGACGCAACCUGGAUUGGAUGGCCAGUACUGAUUGCUGCCGCGGUGGAAAUCAGCUUGGGUUUGAUCUGCUCUUCAGCCCCCGCUCUCCGCCCACUUGUCGCGGCUUUCCUACCUCGUCUCCUCAACUCGACCCGCAACCUCAACUCCUCUUACAAUCAACGCAACCCUUCCCACAAACUGUGGUCUUCGACAGGUCGCUCUCGCGCCUCUCGUGUCAUCACCGACGAAGCCCAGCCUGGGUACGACAGCGACCGCUUCGAAAUCAUGCGUACCGUGGAGAUGGAAAGUUGGACCGAGUCCCGACUCGCCCACCACAAAGAGAUGGGCCACGCUUUCAACGUCAGUACCGAUACGAGCCGUGCCAUCAGUCCUUCCAGUGUGGAUAUGAAGAAUGGUGUUGUUCACGCAUCUCCGACAAGUGCUGCUUCUUCCUUCUCCGGGCCGAGCGAUCAACACUACGAUUGUGAGAUUGGGCGGGCGCGCUAG